UUAUUCAACGGAGGUCUAUUUCACCAAUAACGAAAGAUACGUUUGUCAGCAGUUUGAUUGGUUAACAAGUGAUUUGAGAACAGCCAAUCAAAAUAGAGAUAAAAGACCAUGGAUCAUUGCGUUUGGACAUCGACCAAUGUACUGCUCAAAUAACGACGGUGAUGAUUGUGCAGAUGCUUUUUUGAGGGGAUGGGUGAGAUCUGGACUUGAGUCAUUGUUUCAUGCCCAAGGUGUUGACCUUGUGAUCGAGGCACAUGAGCAUUCAUACGAGAGACUAUAUCCUAUAUUUGACGGGAAGGUAGAGCGGUUUAACUAUAUCAAUCCAAGAGCUCCUGUUCACAUUAUUACUGGUGCAGCUGGGUCAACAGAAGGAAUAGAUGGCUGGGAAGAUUCACCAAAACAUUGGUCGGCAUUCAGGUUCACUAGAAAGCCACAUCAACAGAAUAUCCAGUCAUUCGGCGUUCUUGAAAUCCAUAACACUAGUCAUUUACUAUUUAUACAAAAUGAUGCUUUGGAUAAUUCAACAAUGGAUCAUUUUUGGCUUGUUCAAGAAAAUCACGGUCAAUUUGUAGAAAAUAUAAGUUGUCGCGGACCUUAUGUACACAAGUCUUGUAUCUGUAAAAUGCCUUUGAUGUCACUUAUUGCAUUUUUUAUACCAUUUACUUUAGGUUUGCUUCUAGCUAUACCUACCGUUGGUAUUUAUGCGUAUAGAUUAUUCAAACGUCGUCGUUCUGAGCAUCUGCAUAAAAUUCAUGGUAUAUGCAACAACAACAAAAGCAGAUACAAUAGAAGCGUUUCGGAUUCGUCAUUUGAGGACAGUAAUACUGAACAUCUUCUGGAAGACUUUGAUUUGUGAACAUAGUCUACAUUUAAAUGUAUCCGUCCAGUUGAUCGUACUUUUAUUACAUGUAAAUGGUUUCUUUCUUGUUCACAUAUGCAUGUAUAUGCUUUUAAGUGACACUUUUGAACUAUCUUAGAAAUUGAUAUCCAUCAUUCCAUGUAGUUUUAUGACUUUAUUCUUACUGUGUGCUCCGGAAUGCUGCAGUGUCUUCGCUGCUGAUCUUCGGGUUGCGAAUUUGAUCUGAAACUACUUAUUAUCUUUCGGUCGAGACAAUUAACAUGUUUUAAGCCGGUUUAAAUACAGUAGUUAAAUAAUUUUAUAUUCAGGUCUUUUCAUGGUCAAAACAGGUAUCUGCAUAAUCACCUGUUUAAAAUGUUACAAGAAAACGUUACAAAACCUUGUGACGUGUAUCUGUGCCAUUACAUUAUUCAUCGCUCCAAUAUCACAUGUAAUAUAUGUGCCGUUCAUGUAUUUAUAUUGUUUUAUAUUUUACGGUUUUAGUCGUGAUUAUAAUUAUUGCUAAAAUUUGGUUCUGUACAUAUGUCUAUUUUCAGUUUUGCCAGUUUUGCCUUGUUGGGCCUUCUUUAGGGAUUUUGUUUUUUCUCCAGGCAUAGCUAAAAUUUUAUGAUUAAUCGUUUGUCAACAUUUGCAUUAGUUUAACUUUAUCAUUGCUUUAUAUCGGUAUUAUUUGUAUCUCCAAUCCUUACAUGUGAUACAUUUUGUUCUUGUAAAUGUGUUUAUUUAAGUGCAUUGGGGUUGAAUACAUGGAAUUAUUUGUCAGGGCGAAUAUCUACCCAAUAACUGUUUCUUCCAAUUUUAAACAAUAAGCUUCUAUCUAGGUAAAUCGUAUGUAAGGUCAACUUACCUUUACAAAAUGUUACAUAAAUUAUGCUUUAUUUUCCUAACGGUCACUUAUUUUAUACACUCUCUUAUUUUCAAAUGCAGUUAAAUCUUUUUUCUGAAACUACAUGAAAUAUUUACUUAAAUCUAAUUUAAUAAAUCAUACAAGAACUAUGGCACCGAUACACAACAUGUGUGAAUGUAACUUUAGUUACUGGUACCUUCCGGAUAAUACAAUGCUUAAAUAUUACAAAAGUUGCGUCUUUCAAAAUUCCAUUUUAUUUAGUUCUACCCAUUCUUUUCUCGUUUAGGGCACAUGAAUUUUUUUUUACUUUGGGACCAUAUGCCGCUUUUCAUGGAAUGGCACUAACAUGUCACAUUAAAGGUUAUGUAAACGCAUCUGCGGAUGUUUCAAAAUUCUAAAUUUUACUAGUGCAUGUUAAAAUGUUGAAUUCUGCUUAAGCCGGGGCUAGGGGGGGGGGGGGGGGCGGUAGUUUGCACUUGACAGUACCGUCCAUAAACAGGCUCAAUCGAACCGAGCCUGCAACAUUUUCAAUUUUGCCGUGUUGGGUUUUCUUUAGGGUUUCUUAUUUCUCUUUUUGUGCUCCUCUCAUAUCGAUGAUUACCUGGCAUAUAUGUUAAAUAUAUGUAAAUUUGUACAUGAUAUUGUAAACAGCAUUAGUAUUAUAAGUCCCCUACCGGUUUAACCGGAGGGGACUUUAGGUUUACCCUCCGUCCGUCUGUCUGUUUGUAUGUCUGUCCGUCUGUCUGUCUGUCUGUCUGUCAGUCCGUCAGUCCGUCCGUCCACAAAACUGGAUCCGCGAUAACGUAAAAAGUACUGAAAAUAUUUUAAUGAAACUUGAUAUAUGGAUAGAUGGCAGUAUGGAGAUUAUGCACGCUUUUUUUUCUUCCUAUGUUGAAAAUUCUGGUUGCUAUGGCAACAAAUAGUCUGAAAAUAUGGCAAAUUUAACACAUAAACUGGAUCCAGUGAUAACUCAAAAAGUACUGAAAAUAUUUUUAUGAAACUUGAAAUAUGGGUAGAUGGCAGUCUGGAGAUUAUGCACAUCUUUUUCUUUUCUUCCUAUGUUGAAAAUUCUGGUUGCUAUGGCAACAAAUAGCCUGAAUUUCAAGAUUUCUGAUUUGAAUUUACAGCUUUUUCACUAUAUGUUCUUUAUUUCUUAAGGUGUUUACUUCAAACUUUAAAUAUAAGUUUCUGGUCAUCAACCGCCUCAUAUUUGACAAGGUUUAUAACUCUAGCACAAAAAUUAUCAGUAUUACCUCCCUUGAACUUAGAUUUUUUAGGGGAAAAAAUGGUGUCUUUUUUAAAUAACUUCUUUGAUUUAAAUUUUUCAGCUUUUUCACUAUAUGUUCUUUAUUUCUUAAGGUGUUUACUUCAAACUUUAAAUAUAAGUUUCUGGUCAUCAACCGCAUCAUAUGUGACAAGGUUUAUAACUCUAGCACAAAAAUUAUCAGUAUUACCUCCCUUGAACUUAGAUUUUUUAGGGGAAAAAAUGUUGUCUUUUUUAAAUAACUUCUUUAUUUCCUAAUGUAUCUACUUCAAACUUCAUAUAUAUGUUUCUUAUUAUCACUCAACAUUUUUGGGAAGGUUAAAUACUCUAGCAAGACUAUUUCCAGAAUUAUGUCCCCCUUGAACUUAGAUUUUUUUCGAGAAACAGGUAUUUUCACUCCAAUUUCUUUAUUCCUUAUAGGAUUUAGUUUAAAAUCCCACAUCGUAAUAAUAUGACAAGGUUGUAUAAACAUAAUUUCCUUACUAGACAUGGAAACUUAACACAUUAAUGUGAUAUAGACAAACUUAGAACUCAAAAGAUUUAAGUUCAUUCAUGUCAUUCAUUCACUGGUAAAUUUGAAUGGCAAAUGGCCCAUCAGAAUAUUGCUGGGGUUCUAACCGGUAGGGGACUUAUGGAUUGCUUGCAAUACUAUGAUAAUUGCUUGUUUUUGUUUUAGAAUAGUUUAGAUUUAAAGUGUGCUUUGUUAAGACAAUUGAUGACAUCACCUCAAGUAUUUGUGAGAUUUAUACUUUGUUACUAUAGAUACUGGUAAUUUAUUCUUUAAAUGAAUAAUUAUACUGUGAGCAAUAAAUACAAAU